UGGACCAACGAUCUGUACACUCAUUCUAAUUACAUUAUUACUUCUUCCUUUGUUAAGAUAAGCCUCUAAAACACAAACCUCAGAAGGGCCAUUUUUCUCAGACUCAUAACAUCUUACAUUCAGUCGCUGCUCGGAACCAUGACAGAAGAUGACGGAUACAGUUGUCGCGGAGGGACAAGUAAAGUUUAGAGAUGGAAAAAAGUGGAAGAGUCGGUGCGUCGUUCUUCGGAAGCCCUCUCCGGUCGCAGACUGCCUUUCUCUGCUCGUGUACAAAGAGAAUAAGAAGAAGAAAGGGAAGAGGGAGAAGGGCAGCGGCCACAAGGAGAGGCUCAAUGUAACACUGGAGGGUAUCUGUGGGGUGGAGCCGGGCCCCGGAUACGAUGGGGUAUCCUACAGCCUCUCCAUCCUCUGCCUGGCACACACGCUGGUCCUGGGCUUCAACAGCCGAGAAACCCUGCUUGCCUGGGACACUCGCAUUCGCUACAGCCUGGGAGAAGUCCACAGGUUAUGUGUGAAUGUGGAGCCAGGUACCAAACUGGAGAGCGGCCCCGCCUCCCUCCACCUGUGCAACAACCUGUUGGUCCUCACCAGAGGUGUUCCUCCUGUCGUCAUUGGCCACUGGAAGCUGUCGGCGUUGCGUCGAUAUGGUGCGGUGCCAAACGGAUUUGUGUUCGAGGGGGGGACUCGCUGCGGAUACUGGGCCGGUGUUUUCUUCCUGUCCUGUUCAGAAGGAGAGAAGAUCAGCUUCCUGUUUGACUGUAUUGUCCGGGGCAUCACCCCCAGCAGGACCCCUCACGGCCUGCGACCUGUCCUGCCAGAUCCCAACGCGGAUCCGGCAUUAGCAGAGGAGCGUCUCAGCCUGGAGGCAUCUGAGCUGGAGAAGAGGCUCAGCAUGUUGUCUCAAUGCAGCCUCGCCAGCAGCACAGCUUCCACUUACAGCUGCAGCACAUCUGUUGCCGGAGAUGACCAUAGCAGCAUCUCCAGCUCCUCUUCCAGCCAAUCAGAUACGAGCUACGGAAGCAGACUUCACUUUAGGGCGGAGCCGUUAGCUCGACCGCACAUCUCCACCGAUACGGCCUCCAGCUCCUCCACGCUGAAGUCCCUGUCCGACUCCGAUGACCGGUUGUACGCUGCUGUGAUGGGAAGCUCCGGCACCCGUCCGUCCUCCGCCCAGCUCCACCUUCGAGGUCUCAAUGACAGCGGGAGGCAGAGCUCAUUAGACAGUGGGAUUGGGGUAGCGACAGGAAGUCAGUCCUCUUACUCCGGGAGCUGCUCCUCAUACACCGGGAGUCUGGACAUGGCCAGCCAGGGCGGCGAGGGGGAGUUUGGCUCUGUGGCCAGCUUACCUGCUCAUCUUCCAUCUUCACCUCCUCCUUACCCUCCUUCUUCACCUCAUCCUCCGCCUCCCAUCUCUCCUCCUCCUUCUUCUCCUUUUCCAACCACCCUUACCCCAGAGCCUGCUUCCUCCACUUCCUGCCCUUGUGCCUCCAGAUCUUGCUCUCGUUCAUCCCAGAGGCACAGCGAGGACUAUCAAAUCCCCAGCCUGCUCCGCCUGCGCUAUGACACCCCCAGGAGUCUGCUGCAGAGCCUGUCCCUGAGGGAACCCUCCGUCCAACAAGGUCCCCCGGAGCUGGGCCGGGACAGCAGGAGCAGUGUGGACGCAGGGUGGAGUCAGGGACAAAGGUUGAGCAUCAGCCCUACAGGAAGCAGGGCGCAGCAUCAGGCCAUGAUGCAGUGCUCACAUACCUGGGGCAGCGAGAGGGCGCCCUCUGUGGACAGCGAGGGGAGGUCCACACCGAGGCCCCUGCUGCCAUCUGGAGGCCCUGUUAGUGGAGAAACACAGUGCGGUCAUGGGUUGGACAACUACAUAACACCAGAGCAGUGGCGCUCAGCGAGGAACAGAUGCUCGAGUCAGGUUGCCAGAUCACCAUCAGGCCUAUCAGCCUCUGCGGAAACACAAGAUCAUCCUCUCUGUGUGAGAGAGGAGCAGGAUGACGUCGGUGAGAAGUGUGAAGGUCCCAAAAGUUCUGGGUCCUCUCGGCCCCCCUCUGCCCCUCCGCCUCCGCCUGUGGCAGUGAGACCGACAUCAUCCUGGGGUAUGAUCCAGUCGGCCCGUCAAGCUCUUCCGGUAUCCCUGGAGAGUUGGCACCAUAUUGACAGCACUGUUAAUUAUGUUAACAUCCCCAUCAGCCCCUUGCCAGCUAGAACUCCCAGAGAGCUCCUCUACACGGAGCUGGAUCUGCAGGAGCCCGGCUGCAGUCCCCACGGCGCUGUCAGAGGUAACUCUUUGCCGCUCUGCAGACCCAGUAAGAACACCCAGACAUUUCACAUCUGACCCUUCCUGCUUCUAUCAGAUUGACUUUUUGUCAGGCUGUGCAUCCCAGCUUCACCUCUUUAUGCAUUCUGAGCAUACACAGCUUUCUAGAUUAGGACUUAUUGAUAGAUUUAGGAACAAUUCAGUUUUUCCUGUGCACAUGUUAAUCAUCAGCAUGUUAAACAACUCCUACAAACGCACAACCACAGAAAAAGACCAACCAACAAAACACUUUUCCUCCUACAUUUGGUUUGGUUUAGAGCAUUCUGCUUGUGCUGCUUAUUAUCCUGCUCACCUGUUUCUGUCGGCUUUACAAGAAAUAAAGGUUUUCUUUGCAAAAAAGAAAAGAACCCUCUACACUGCAGGAAAAACCUUCCUUAUUCAUGAAAAACACACAUUAAUUCAACCAUCUUUUAGUGCUAAUUGAUGUUUUAAAUUUCACACAUUUCUGGACUGUGAAAAAUUAAGUAAUUUACAAAAGGCACAGAACAAUUUAAAUGUCCUGAAAUGUUAUUCUCAGAAUAGGCACAUUUAAGGAAGCACCCUAAAGAUAUAAGUUGAAGAUUUUCCAGUUAAAUAAAUGUCCGUUAAGGAUAUCUGGGAUGUGAGAUCCAAACACACACCUGCAAUCACCACUGAUGAUCAUGGGUACAUCCAAAGGGAACAAAACAGAGAUCCUCGAGGUUGUAACUUUAAAAUCCGCUUUUAUUAACAGUUUGAAGUUAUCCAAUACAAUUCAAGAAAUGUAAUAAAAAAACUGUAUGUAUCGCAAUGACUGAUGUGUCCCUGCAUGUGAUUUAGAAACACAGUUCAAUGUCUUGUCUUUUCUCCCCAUUUAGCGCUGAUGUCCCGACCAGGAGAGGGCUCCAUCAGCUACGCCCACCUCAACAUCGCUGCCAUGGAAACAGCUCAGCGAGUGGGGGCUGAGCAUGUUCAGGGCCGAGAGGGCAGACUGACUCAGCUGGAGAGCAGGUGGCGAGGGCCACCGAACUGACUCGCCACGGCCAGCGCCACACUUCAAAAUAGUUCUCACUGCCGAUCCUUUGCAGCUCUCUGAAUAAGCUUGAGUGCUUAAUUGCAUUUAAUCAAACUAAUUGUUGUACUUAACACACCCACAGCUGUGCCAGUGUACCCAUACUGUCACAAACAAUCCAUUCCACUUAGAAAAAGAAGACAAAAAGAAAAUGUCUGGGAAGUCUCUAAUGCAGCUGCCAUCUUGGAUGUGUUUUGUGUUCUGUUAAAGUUCUAUAUUCUUAAAUGAGUGCUUUUCUGCAGUUCUGGCAGACGUUUACCCCAGGACUGUUCCUCAUUUGUUGCCUGGCACUUAAUAUCUGCUGGCUUGGAGGAUAAACCUUUUGCCUCUUUGAAGAUCCUCUCAGGUGACUGUUGAGCACUGGUAUAAAAAGCCUUCAUUUUGAGUAAAUAGCCUCCAAACACUUAUGUUUACCGCUUAUAUUAUAUCAGAUAGGAGACAGCAGCUAUGCUUGGCAAUUUGUGAUGUGUUGUGAUGGAUUUCUUUUUAGAGGGCAUGGCUCUGUUUGUUGUUUCUGAACAAGAAGUGAGAGAUCAACGAGAUCAAGCGCCUUACGAUUGACUGUUAAGGGUCCCAGCUUGCUCGGCUGUCAUUCCACAUCAGAGAUCUAAAGCCUUGGAUUGAAAUAAGCAGUUCAGAGAAACAGAUGGGUCAGAACACAUUAAACAGGCCUGUGCGGCCCGUGCAGGACAGCAGCGUUAUUCAUUAGACCAAUCAAUGUCUCUGCUUCUGGGCAGGAUUGAUGAAUGGAAAAGCAUUUGUGUGUGUUCCUGUGUAUCUCCUCUCUCCUGAUAUCAUGACAAAUCGUCCGAUGUUUGGCGAUCAUUUAUUUUUAUGGUAGCUGCAGCAGCAGUGAGGAGGAACAAGAGGAAGAGUUAGAGAAACCAAAAAGCUUGUUAGUGUCACUACAGGGGCUGCUUCCCUCCACAGGAUUUGUAAAUAGUCACUGCUUUUAUUUAUGCCACGAUGAUAAAUGUAUUGUAUUAUUUUUGAGAUAUAAUUCUUUGUAUGUUGACAGCGUCUGUACCUUACUUAUUAAAAUAUUGCCGUUA